AUGGUACUAACGCUCCAUCUUAGAGGUCCUGCCAAGGGCUACAUCGAAGGCCUAGAGCACCGUCUUCAUGAAGCUGAAUCACUGCUUCUCGCCCUGCUGCCCAUUAUCUCAACCGAGCAAUUAAAAUGCGCAACUGAUUCUCUGAGUGCAAGUCCCUCAACCAACCUCAACAUCCUCGGUCUGAAAACUCGUGACUCGCCGUCUCCCGGACCUCACACGAUGAGGAGUAGUCCCCCAGUCUUGAACAAGAAGACCGGGAUUGAAUACUGGGAGUCAUUCCCUCUUGAUACCGUCGACAAUAUCCGCAAAUGGCAGGAGGAUUGUGCUUUGCAUUCUGGUUCUAACGGACAAAGUCAAUCUUCUUUCCGAAAUUCCAUUGACGACGGUCACUCCCAUAACCCCCUCCACUCGUUGAACUCGGCGAGCCACUCGCGUCCUGGAUCCGUCGAUCUCUCCCACCACGGCCACCGCCACGGGCAUUCUCAGUCCGGUCCUUUCCGUUCUAUGAGCACAGAUUCUUACCGUAGUGGAGCCAGCACCCCGGUGAACGUACCUAGUCAUUCCCUGUCUCAACCAAAUAUCCCCACAACCUCAAGCACCCAGCAACAACAAACAGGCCCAAGCCAAACAUCAACACCCAACUGGCAAGCCCUGUCGUCGUUCUUAUCCAACAAUAGCUCGCCCAAUAACAACACCUCAAGUCCGAACGUCAAUGGCGUGGGCAUCGGUGCAGAAGCCAUGCUGCUACAGAGUUUCGCGGAUUCAAGCUGGGCACAGGCGCAGAACUUGAACAACGGCAUGGGCAUGAACGGGAUGGCCAAUGCCAUGGGCGUGGAGAGCGGGCCAAUGGAGGUUGAUACCGGCUUUUUCACAAACGAUAUGCAGAGACGACUGUUUUGGUGA